AUGAGUAAAGACUAUCUCACUUACGAUCAACUCAGAGCUAUUUUGGAUGAAAAACUUGCGCCCUUGCAGACAGAAAUGAGGGAUCUUAAAGCGUUCGUAGAGGAAGCAAACAAGAAGUACGAUGAUGUCAUAAUAAAGUUACAGGAUUUUGAAGUAUCGUUGCAGGACAUCAUCGCUGAGAAUAAUGUAUUAAAGACAGCCAUACAAGAUAUGAAUUCUCAAGUAAACCAACUGAAUGUUAUAGGUAAUGACCUUGAGCAAUACACAAGGAGAGAAUGUGUCGAAGUACAAGGUAUUCCUCAAAGUAAAGAUGAAAAUACUGAUGAAAUAAUUUUGACAGUCGGGGAUCUGAUGGGUCUAAAGCUCGACGAAAAGGAUAUUUCUGUAAGCCAUAGAUUACCUGUUAGCAAGAAAUACAAUGGAAGUCGUAGAGAGCCGGGUAUUAUAGUAAAAUUUGUCAGACGGAAUUCGAAAGAUUCCUUCUACAAGGCAAGGCGUGAGCUGAAGAAAUUCACAACAAAGGACCUUGGUUAUAGAGCUGACAAUCCUAUUUACGUAAAUGAAAGUCUAACAGAAAAAAAACAAGAAUCUCUUAUUAUAUUUGGAAUG